GGCGUGUGUUCUAAAAAAUUCGUUCAUUUGCUUCUACAAAUAAACGUGUUCUAAAUAUUUUUGAGUUGUGUCAAUUUGUUUCUUUUGUUUUAAAUUUCACGGAAUUUUAUAUAUUUAUUAGUUUAAUAAACUGCUGAAAGGUUGAUAAAAUUAAAUAGAAGCAAUAUUGUGUUACUUUAAUUGAGAAUUUGAUAGGUAUUUGUAGAAAAGUGCCGUCUUAGGAGACUUGUUCGUCUACCUACCUGCGUGCAUUUCUGACAACCAAACGAAAGUUUUUUGUGCGUGCGGUACUCUUCCGACCUUCAUGAGACGCUACAUUUCAUGUCAGUAACAACGUAACUCAUUCAAGUGCAAUGGCAAAAUCAAACUCAACAAGCAUUCCCCUGAUACGUUUCUUCCAACAGGAGAACUGGUACCAUGAUUUGUUCAUCAAGUACGGAGAUCCAAGAACGACCAACAGUUUUCUGUUGAGAACACCUGAAGCAAUGUUGAUCAUCGUAAUCCUGUACUUGAUUUUUGUAGUUGCGGCGCCUCGAAUCAUGGAGAAAAGGCCUGCCAUGGAUUUGAAGAAGUUGAUCAUCGUCUACAACUUUGCCCUGGUUGGACUGUCGGGGUAUAUGUGUGUUGAGUUUCUCUUGGUAGCUACCUUGCUUGGGUACAGUUAUUCAUGCCAACCGGUUGACUGGGAGUACAAGAGGGAUUCGCUAAAUAUGAGGUCAGUCAGAAAAAAUCUGAGUUCGGCAAUUGACAAAGGUUGUAAAAUAUUUUGGAAUUUUGGAAACGUCGUAAAAUAUUUUGGAUAUGUUAUGAUCAAUGUCAGCUGGUUGUUCUUCUUCUCAAAAAUCGUUGAACUUGCUGACACCGUGUUUUUUAUCCUGAGAAAGAAGAACAGUCAAGUGACCUUUCUACAUGUUUACCACCAUGCCACCAUGAUCAUCAACUGGUGGAUGGCUGCGAAGUACGUCCCCAUUGGCCAAUCAUUUUUUGUUGGAGUCGUCAACUCGUUCAUCCACACCCUGAUGUACGUUUACUACGCCUUAGCAGCCCUAGGACCUGAGAUGCAGAAAUAUCUGUGGUGGAAGAAGUACAUGACCAAACUCCAACUGAUUCAGUUCGUGUUGGUUGUCAGUCACACGGGCAACAACCUGUUCUACAGAAUGGACUGCGACUACCCCUGGCUCUACAACACAAUCACAUUCUACUACACUUGGUCGAUGCUCUUUCUCUUUCUCAACUUUUAUUAUCAAACCUACAUCUCAAGGAAGAGGGCUGACAAAGUCAAAAAGGAGCCGACCAAAAGCAAAUUAGAGACAGAAGGCAAUGGACAUGUGAAGGAGGUGAAAAAUAACGGUGAAAAACUCGUAAGAAGCAGAAAGACUAAUGGAUUUGUAGACUGAUUUUGAAAUUUAUUAAUUAAUUAUAUUUAAUUAAACUAAAUUAGUAUCUGUGACUCUGCUGCGGAUUGAAUGGGCUCAUACGAUGAAAAGCAUUUCUUAUUUAUUUUUUUUACUAAGACUUGUAAUUAAUUCCAGUGUGCGCAAGCUUUUAUCCAAACACUUGUUUUAAUGUUUUGAAAAAAUGUUUCUAUUUUAGAUCAAUUUGUACAACGACCUAUUUGAAAAUUCAAUUUUUUUUUCAUUCUACAACCACGGUCAAACAGAUAAUUUUAAAUUUGUGAUUCAUCCGUACGUAUAAGUUAUAUUUUCACGUUCAUUCAUUAAAACAUUCCACGUUGAAUGCAUUCAAAGUGUUGUUAUUACAAUAUUUUUACACGUUUAACUUAUUGCUCCUAUUGAAUAAAACGCUGCUUGUUUAUGUAAGGUGCUUCCAUGCUACGCUGAAGAGCAUAAACAGCUGUCUCAUGAAGCUUACAUUUGUCAAUUUAAUUAAUAUUUAAUUUAUUGAAGUAAUUAUUGUUGAACUUUAUAAUUGCAAAAUGAUCCCUCCGUAUACAUUAUUAAUUGAUCACAAUAUUUUUUAUGUUUAAAUUGUUGUUCCUUUAUAAACAAAAUAGUACCUAGCGAAUAAGAUGUAGUUUAAACGCUUGUUGACGAUGCAUAGUAUUUUUAUCCUGAUAAUGCCUUGACUUUUUUUUUUAUUUUAUACGUUAUUGAAUGGUAUCGUAAUAAUAUAAUUGGAUGUGAGAUGCACAUAUGCAAAAAAAAUCACGUUAGCUUAAAUUAUCUACAAACUUUUGUGAUUAUUCAUUAGAUGGGAAACUGUUUUUAUCGCAAGGAAAUAUAUUUACGUUACUGCCAACAGACGCCACCGUUCGCUUACAAUAUAGGUACAUACAACUCACCUCACAUUUGUAAUUGCAACACGUUUUUGUGCAUAGCAUUAUAAACUCAAGUUGUUUAUAUCAUAACCAAAAACGUCGAAACUGAAAGUUCCUUGUUUAGCAUCAAAUGUUUUUUGACGAAUCAAUAUAUAUUUUAUUUAUUCUUACAUUUUAUGAUUAUUUCAUUGUCACGUCAACAUUUUUUCACUUGUAAAAUGAGUUUUAUUUUCUAAUAAAAAUUUACCCCACGAAAUAUUU